AAGAUCGAUCCUUUAAUUGAAGACAAUUGCCGUAAGAUUAAGGGACAUAUCUUUGGUAGUGAACCAAGAGAUUAUGGUAAUGAGUUAAGAGAUCAUGGUAGUGGAUUGAGAGGUUAUAGUAGUAGAUCAGAAGGAUAUAGUAGAGGUUAUAGUGAUAGAUCAGGAAGACGUAAUAGAAGUUGUGAUAGUGGAUCAGAAGGAUAUGGUAGAGGUCGUGAUG